GCUACAUAAUUCCAUUAGCAGCAAAACGCCAACCACUGCUCUUACCUGCCAUCUUGCGUCAGUCUAUGCCACGUGGUUUUCUCACGGAACUAGUCGCCAGGACUCAGCAUGACAACGAAGCGUUUUCGGAGGUGUUCUCGCCGGUGUUGCAGGGCUUGUACACGAUGAUGUUGACGGCGAGUGUCAUCGAGGACGAACAUAGAGCCCCCUUGCAGGCGCUCUUCGAACUAACGGAUAUCCGGGUGGGGAACAGGCCGCUGUGCAAGCUGAUCACUGAACAGAAACAGUUCAUGGCAAAACUAGUUCUCCCCACGCCUGGACGCGAGAUCGCACGAGUGUCCUUCUUAGGUCCCUUCUUGAGUGUCUCAGUGUUCGCCGAAGAUGAACCAAAACUGGCCGAGAAAUUCUUUUCGGGCUCAUCCAGCGACAAAGCGCUGGUCAAAAUGCUACAUUCCGAAUUGGAAAAUGUCAGAUCGCUCCAGCACAAGAUAUUUCAUCUGAUGAUCGCCAAUCAGGACAGUAGAGAUCAGAGCUUGAACUAUAUUGCUGAGGUGUUGAAACAUAACGAAAAACGGGCACAAAUCCAGGUAGAAGAAAGGGCGUUAGCCGGCGAUGGGUUCAUGUUAAAUUUGCUGAGCGUUCUACAGAACUUAUCAGUGAAGAUAAAGUUAAGCAGAGUAGAUUUUAUGUAUCCCUUCCAUCCUGAUGCUCAAGUGAGCAUCAAGAACGACACAAGACUGAAGUUUACCUCUCAGGAAGCCGCUGAUUGGCUAGAAGAAUUCGCCAACCAAUCGUCAAGUAAUCAACCAGCCGGUGGCAGCGAAUCCCGUCCCCGUUCGAACUUCUCCACCCUCUGCUGGUUUUUGACGUUGCACUGCCACCAUUUGGCCCUGAUUCCGGCCCUGCACAAGUACCAGCGACGCGUCAGAGCCGCCCGAGAUCUGCAGAAACUGCUCGAUGAAACGGCAGCGGCGGAAGCGCAAUGGCGGGAUACGCCGUUCGCGGAUAGAAAUAGGCAGUUUAUUAGGAGGUGGAAGCAGCAACUUAAGAAGCUCAACAAGUGA